GAGCACCGGUCAAUAAUUAGAAAACGUGUUUAAUUCUUUAAAUUAACGUAUUUAAAUUAUUAUUCGAUAAACAUAGCGUUAAUUUGUUAUUUGUUACAUGUAAAAUGUCUAAGGUUAAAAGUGACAAAGUGACGUCAAAAGACAGUGUACAUGGUGAAAACAGUGAAGAUUCGUGCGGUGAUGACACAGCCAGCGUCAGCACUAAUAAUACCUCUCGCAGCAAAUCACCAACCACACGGCGAUCUCGUGGUCAUAGGCGUAGCAACAAAUCAAAAGCACGUAAACCUGCAUAUAAAUAUGAUUAUCAUGUGAAGGAAAAUCAUGGACAGGCGAUUUUCGGUAUUAGUUUCAAUCAGUGGUUGGGGAACGAUCAGCCGCUUAUAUUCGCCACAGCAGGUAGCAACCGCUGCACUAUUUAUGAGUGUCCACGCCAAGGUGGUAUAAAAUUGCUCAUGUGUUACGCCGACCCGGAUCCGGACGAGGUGUUCUACACAUGUGCUUGGUCAUACGACAUUAAAACAUCACUACCCCUGAUAGCCACGGCUGGUUAUCGUGGUGUGAUUCGGGUUAUUGAUGUGCAAAAAAAUGAAACUGUGGGCAACUACAUUGGCCAUGGGCAAGCCAUUAACGAACUGAAAUAUCAUCCGCGACAGCCGCAUCUCUUAUUAUCUGGUAGUAAAGACCAUGCAAUACGCCUUUGGAAUACACAAUCGCACGUGUGUAUAGCAAUUUUUGGUGGUGUGGAAGGUCACCGUGAUGAGGUGCUUUCUAUCGAUUUUGAUUAUCGUGGCGAACGUAUUAUGUCCAGUGGCAUGGAUCACUCUUUAAAACUAUGGUGUAUAAAUACAGAAGAUUUUAAAGAGAAAAUCGAAUUUUCGCGAACAUUCAAUCCAAAUAAAUCACAGAGGCCUUUUCCAACAAUAAUGCAGCACUUCCCCGAUUUCUCCACACGAGAUAUACAUCGAAACUAUGUGGAUUGUGUGCAAUGGUUUGGCGAUUUCGUCCUAUCUAAAUCAUGCGAGAAUUCCAUAAUUUGCUGGAAACCCGGACAGCUGCAUCAAGGAUUGCCGCAACUCAAACCCAAUGACCCGUCAUGCACCAUUAUCGCCGAAUUUGACUAUGAUGAAUGUGAAAUAUGGUUUGUUCGGUUCGGAUUUAAUCCGUGUCACAAGAUAAUUGCAUUGGGAAAUCAGCAUGGUAAAGUGUACGUGUGGGAACUCGAUCCCAGUGACCCUGGGCACACAAACACGAGUACGCUAAAUAAUUUGAAAUGUAAUUCUCCUGUGAGGCAAGUGGCAUUCUCACGUGAUUCCAGUGUCCUGGUCUAUGUAUGUGAUGAUGGUACAGUCUGGCGAUGGAAUAAAACCAAUAUCGUGCAAAAAACGCCAUAAAGAUCUCACAAAGAGAGAGAGUGAUCAUUUUUAUACUUUCCUUAUUAUUUAGUCGCAGUAGGAUUAGUAAUUUAGUAUGAAACUAACCAAAUCGAAAAUGCCAAGUAAAAUAUACCAAACUGAGGAACGGAAAAAUAUGUUUAAACUUUUUGUUUUUGGUAGUUUGUUAUCAUAUAAGUCUAACAUAAGUAGAAAUAAUUUUUAAUAGUUAAGGAGAAAAUUUCUGUGCGUAAACGCUCAUGAAUGCCUUCAAUAUGAAAAAAAACGGAUUAUUUAACUGUUUAAUGUCUUUUAUAUGUAUGUACUUAUUAAUCUCAUUA